AUGAGCCAGAUCAGACCAAGAAAUUCCCCAUCUAUCGAAGAUCCAGAGCUUCUGCAUUCAAGAAAGAGGUUUCCUUUGGCUUCCAAACAAAGAAGCAAGAAAGCGAAGACGAGUCAGAGAGGUAUUAUGUUAAAGGAAGAUGUUGUAAAAGAAUCUUGCAGAAGAUUCGAGGACUAUAUGAUCCAUAUGAUCGUUGAAGAAGGGAAAACUGAUGACUUGAUGGACAUGGAAGAGCUUCUUUUCUAUUGGAAUAAUCUUAAAGAUCCUAUCUUCAUUGAUCUUGUGACUAGAUUCUAUGGAGAGCUCUGCAUAGACUUGUUUCCUUGCGACCAUGAUGGUUAA